AUGGUACGGAUCGUUUCCAUUUUGAAAGAAGGUGCACAAACUAAUUUGUUCAGAGUCUUUAGGUCCAGGAUAGGACGGUUUCUGAGUCUCUCAGGAAACAGGAUUGAGAAGAUUGGAAACCUAAACUUUCUUCAGAAUCUGAUGCUCCUGGACCUGUCUCAUAAUCUGAUCCAGUAUCUGAGUGUAGGAGAACUACCUACAAAUCUGUUUAUCUUGGAUCUAACGGAAAACAGCUGCACACAGAAAUAUGGCUACAGGCAGCAAAUUCUGGAGUCUCUUCCCCUUCUACAGGAACUUGAUAGGGAGCCAGUAAGAGAAAGGGAGAGCCUAGAAGAACAUCCAGUGAUGCAGGAAGAUGAUGAGGAGAUAGACAUUGAUAAUGUUUUCAGCCCAACAUCUAUAGUCUCAGAAAGUCUCUAUUCUUUGCACGAAGAACUGGUAGAACGGUCUUACCAGAGAAGAGAAAGAGCUCGGAGAGAGCACCAAGAGCGCCUGGAGGAGCUGAGAGAAAUUCCCAUAAAAGAUACUAUGCAACAAUACAAUUGUUCCUCGUUACAUGAGAUAGGUCCUAGAGCCACUGCCUUAUCUAAAAAGGAACCACAGUCUCCUGCCUUGUAUAAGAGCCCACUAUUACUUACAAAGCAUCGACAGGUCCUUGCUCCAUCUGAGAAAAAAAUAGAUAAUUUAAACUGCCAUAAUGCUUCAACGUCCUCUAAAGUAAUUACUGUAAAGACACCCACCAAGGCUCUAGCUACCCCUCCACAAACCCAAUAUGGAGCCCCACGGAGCAGAAAUAUGUCAAAAUCUGCAUUCAGUAGCUCCCCUUCAUGUAAAUUGUCCCCAACACAACCAUCAGCAUUGACCACUCCCUCUAGUAAAUUGCAGACUUCUGCAUCUGUUCAAGGAAAGAGAACAGCUAAAAUGGCACCUUUGUCAGGAAAAUCACAGCCAACUGCUUCAAGUACAUCACAACAUGCAGGCAAGUUCAGCUCACGCCAACUAAAAAAACAGACUCAGUGAGUAAGCCUACAAUAAAAAUGAUUUUGUAAAUGUGCA